UUGUAUACGUCACUGAAACCGGAACAAAAAUAAACAAAAAAGAAGGACGACUGAUGUAGUUUCGUAGAAUUCGACAGAGAACAAGAGUCUUUAUUUUGUUAAUUGUGUGCAUCUCAUUCGCAUAAAAUCAAGAUGACGAUAAUCAAAAUCACUAAAGACGGAAAAUUUGUGGGAAAGAAAAAGGCUGAUGAGGUCAUUGUGCCAUUGCACCCAGAAGGCGCCAGGGAGGUUGGUGUACGCCAGCUGAAUGUGGACUAUCACACAACUCGUAAAACAAGAACCAUCGUGAAUGUCUUCUUGGUACUCAUGGCGCUCCUGGUAUUGGCCACUGGGGUGGUGGGCGGUGUCUACCUGUACAAGUACAUGGCACACAAGCACCACAAGCAGGAGGUCACGGUCCAGUACGAUGACCCCGUUGCCAUGGCAGUGAGCAGUCAGACAAAGGGGCCAGCCACCCCUGGGGACAGUUACAGCUUCACGAUGGUCCAGGAGGUGGACAUUGAGAUGGACAUGGAGGUGGAAAGGAUUGACGUACCAGACUUUGAUGACUGCAGACGCUCGCUGAUCCUGCAUGACUUCCCUAACAACUACACAGCCAUUAUUGAUGUGAAUGACCAGGAAUGUUUCAUCAUGGACCUGGAUCGCACACAGAUGAAACCACCCAGGUCCUUCGCUGAGCUCGUAGAGAAAUACACUUCGGGCUACUACACGCCACGUCUCAGCGUGGUGCGCCAGGAGUAUCAGGUGGUGCUGCCCAAGAUGGCGGACGCCAAGUUUGCUGGGCCCGCCAUUGCUGCCGAGUGCAUCGGUCUUGACGUCUACAGGCUUGAGAAGCGACAGCCCACACCCAUUCUUGAAAUCCAGUUCACGUAUGUGAAGACCUAUGGCUUCAGCAACCUGGAACAGGUCAUUAAGGACCAGAUCUUCAAGUAGGCGAGGUUUGAUUGGUCGACAGGAGAUAGGCAGGGUGGUAAGAUGUGGUGUAACCUAAGUGGUUUGAGAUUGCCCUUGCAUAACUUUGUGUAUAUAGUGACACUGAACAGUCACAAUUUUAUUAUCUAGAGACCUGUGCAACAGUGUAUAUUUGUAUGUGACAUUCAUGAUUGCCAUUUAAUAAAGUCUUCUUUUUCAUAUUAAACUUUAUUACAUAUAAUUCAUGUAUUUCAUUUGAUUUUAUUGUUGCUUUUCAACCUUGUUCAUGUUUUCAUGUGUUAAGAUGAACAUUUCUGAAGUUUUGAAUUUGAAAAAAACAACACACACACUUAUUUAUGGACAUGAUAAUACAAGCUUUAAAACUUUACACAAUUUAAGGAUGGCCCCCGAUUGUUGAAUGUUUUCCAGUACUUUUAAUUUGUUAUAUAUGCUGAAAUGGAGUCAUUUUUAUGAUCUCUUUGUAUAUAUAUACUGGGGAGUACAAACUGAAUUAGACUAAGAAAACAUAUAAUCUAAUUUUUAAUAAAUUAAGAUAUUUUUGUUGUCACAUGGUUUAUUAAUUUUUGAUUACAUGCUUAAAAUAUGGAAAAUCUAUUUUGUUACAUAUAGCAUAUAUCCUUGGUGAUUUUAAUAUUUUCUGAAACCUCAAACAAUUGUGUUUGAACCUUUGCAAUAAAAUAAACAAAUUGGUAAAAUUGUCUUUUAUGAGAACACAACAUAUGGGUGUUGUUUUUUUUUUAAUAUUUUUAAAAUGUAUUAUAGAAAUGUGAUGUAAAUACACUUAAAAUUGUUUCAGUUAUGUGAUGAAAAUUUUCAUUUACUUUUCACGCAUUAUUUUUUUCCUUGGUUAAUUUAGUUUUGAUGCUCUUUUUAGAGAAGUUUUAAGAUUGAAAUACAUGGAAAAACACUUGGGCACUCAGAAACAAUGUUGACUUACUUAGAACUGUUCAAUAAUCUAGAACUAUUAUACUCUCUUAACCUUUGGCUGUUAAAACGUUAUUUUGUUAAUUGUUUGUUGCCGUACAUGUUUGCAUGUUGUUCCGUAUUUUAUAUUCCCUGUAUUUGUAUUCACAUGUUGUAAAUCAGUCUGAUUAUAAAAAAAUCAUUUUCUUUUUAUAUUUUCUUUUUUGUAUGUUUUAACACGUUUUCUUUGAAAUGUUCAUUUUGUUACAAUUAAGUAGUUUUUGGAUUGCCUAUGUAAGAACUAAAAUUAGAUGUACAAGAACACAAAGGUAAUGUGCAGAACUUAUUUCAAAGCUUUUAAUUAAUACAGCAACAAAAAUGUUUUUGCCUUUAAAAAAAAUUGCCACGUUAACAGCACCUUUGAUUGCUUUAAUACACACAUUUUAACCACAUAGAAUCACAUUUCUUAAGUCAUUGUAUUGUAUAGUGUUAUACCUGUCCUGUCCUGUUUAUAACUUCCUUCUGAUCUUAAUAAUUGUGUAAUGCUUUAAGCAUUAAUUCUACUUUUUGCAAAGUAAGGAGUACUUUGGCCUGUUCAUUACAUGUUGCUGUAAUUUUACUUAAAAUGUCCAAUAUUUUCAUUAUUUGAAUAAACUCUUUAUCAUACA